UUGUGUAUAUUUUAAUUGUUCGGCAUUGUCUUCUAGUGCGGUAGAUGUCGCAAAUCAAGUGUAAUUAUAUAAGCAAUUCAAAUUAAAUAAUUCAUAAUAUUUACUUGUAAUUAUGUCUGAGUAUGGAAUAUUUGGCCCACUAGUUGGCUCAAUAGACGAGGGCACUUCAAGUGCACGAUUUAUAAUAUUCAAAGCUAAUUCAUGCGAAGUAGUUACAUCUUACCAGAAAGAAUUAUCGCAACAUUUUCCUCAAGAGGGCUGGGUGGAGCAAGAUCCUUACGAAAUAUUAGAAGUUGUUACGACUUGCAUUCUCAAAGCUGUUGAAAAUUUAGUGGACUUAGGUGGGAGACCAGAGGAUGUAAUAGCUAUAGGUGUGACAAAUCAAAGAGAAACAACAAUUGUAUGGGACAAGGCGACGGGCAGGCCUUUGCAUAAUGCUAUAGUAUGGCUGGAUAUGAGAACAUCAUCUACUAUUGAGAAGCUACUGGAUACUGUGCCAAACAAGACUAGAAACAAGAAUUAUUUAAAGCCUCUAUGUGGAUUGCCACUUUCUCCAUACUUUAGUGCAGUGAAGUUGAGAUGGCUGAGCGAUAAUGUGAAUGCUGUUAAAAAUGCCAUGAAAAAUGGCACAUGUUAUUUUGGGACUGUCGAUACUUGGAUUAUAUGGAAUUUAACAGGUGGACCAAAUGGAGGAAAACACGUGACUGAUGUAACAAACGCGUCCCGCACCAUGUUAAUGAACAUAGAAAACUUAGAGUGGGACCCGUUGUUGCUAAAAUUCUUCGAAGUGCCAAAGUCUGUGUUGCCAACUAUAAAAUCUAGCUCUGAGAUCUACGGUUUCAUAUCGGAUGGCCCACUGAAGGGAAAACCCAUAUCCGGCUGUUUAGGAGAUCAGCAGGCAGCGUUAGUCGGACAAAUGUGCCUGCAGAAAGGGCAGGCUAAAGCUACAUACGGAACUGGUUGUUUUGUUCUAUACAAUACGGGCGAUAUUCGCGUGAAUUCCAGUCGAGGAUUACUGACUACAGUUGCCUAUCAGUUGGGUAGCAAAAAUCCUCCAUACUAUGCCUUAGAAGGAUCGGUGGCAAUAGCUGGGGCAGCGUUAGGCUGGCUGAGGGAUAACCUAGGACUUUUGGAGAACGCGAAGGACUCCCAAGUGCUCGCUGAAACAGCGACAGACAACGGUAGUGUUGUAUUUGUACCAGCCUUCAGUGGACUAUAUGCACCAUAUUGGAGACAAGAUGCACGCGGAGUAAUCUGUGGGAUCACAGAAGACACAAAUUCAAAUCACAUAAUAAAAGCAGCUCUGGAAGCUGUGUGCUAUCAGGUACGGGAUAUUCUGGAUGCAAUGAACGAGGACUGCGGUAUUCCUUUGCAACUGUUGAAGGUCGACGGUGGUAUGACAUCCAAUAAUUUGGUAAUGCAGAUGCAAGCAGAUUUAAUCGGAAUAAACGUUAUAAAGGCUGGAUUCACUGAGAGUACGGCGCUUGGAGCAGCUUUAGUUGCUUACUGGGGAGCGGACAAGACUACACAAGUGGCUCCUAUACCGAUGACAUCUGGAGCUACCUACGCUCCACAAAUUAGUGAUGACGAGCGAGAUAUGAGAUACAAACAAUGGAAAAUGGCCGUUGAUAGGUCCCUGGGGUGGGAUCAGAAUUGAAAUUGUUUUGUGCCUAACUGAAACGUAUUCUAAAUUAUGGCAACGAAGGGUCAUAUAUUUCCACUUAGACUUACUUCUAUAUUCAAAUUCAAAAUAUCUUUAUUCAUGUAGGUAUAUUACAGACUCUUUUGAUAUGUUAAAUCUACCGUCAUGUGUCAGUUAGGAAUGAUUCGAGAUGAGAAGAACUAACAAGAAACUAAGCUUGUUAUCGUUUCAAAUAAAUGUUGUGCAUGUCUACAAUAAUACAGAUUCAUUUUAAAUUCAAAUUUGAGAGAAUAGAGUCACUAUCUUACAUUCUUCUAUUCGUGCAUCUGGAUUAGAGGUUCCUAAUGGACUGACCUCAAACAUUUGGACGUCAUUUGCAUUAUAAGACUAGAGGAUUUUAACGGAAUUAUCGUGGCUAUAGAUUUUUUUAUGUCAAUGUAUAUAUAUAACAAUAUACGGUGACGGUAGGUAUUCUUAAAAAAAAAACAAAUAAUUCUGAGGCGAUGAUUUUGGGAAAAGUAGAGAUAGAAAAGUGGUAACAAUGUUAAUAACACAGGGGUGUAAGGCAGGAGGGUAGCAAGUCAAUUAUUAGACCUUGCCAAGAGGUAAUGUAUAUUAUAUAAUAAUAAUUCUCAGAACAAUUCACACAGCGCCAUCUAAUACUAAGCUAAGCAAAGCUUGUGUUAUGGGUACUAGACAACUGAAGUAAAUACUUAGACACAUUUUUGUUUGUAAAUGUAUAAUAUACAUAGAUAAAAUCCAAAUAUUGCAAACAAUCAUGAAUAGAAAUGUUUCUGCCGUGCAAGGAAUCGAACCCGCAACCAUCGCAGGUUAGGUUAGGUUCAACCGCUAGACUACCGAAACAGUCUUUAUAUGUUGUGUCAUUGACAUCGGCGACUGCCUUCCUUCCUUAUUACCACUCUGCCUAGAUAGGAACAUAGACACGUAAAUGAAAAAUCUAACAAAUAGUAAUAAAGUUAGUGCCUUUUUUAUAACAUUAGCUCGGUGACUAGUCGAUUACCAGAUUUGUUGUAAAUCGUGACAUAUCUGAGUAUUUUAAUUAAAAUUAUAUAAUUACCAACUGAAUUAUAAAAGGCGUUCAAAUGAAGAUAUUACCAUUUUUCUUAAUAAUGU